AUGGUUGCUGCUGGCUCAAUCACAGUCGCAGUUCGAGUCCGUCCACCGACAACAGCUGAAGCAGCGCGUCUCCCGGAACCUUGCUUCGAUACAACAAUAAGAGGCGAUGGCGCCCUUUCAACGCCAGGAAAAGUUGUCAAUACAGCGACACUGCGCGAUAUUGUUCAAAUUGUUGACGACCGCAUCCUCACCUUUGACCCAGACGAGAAGGACAGGGCACGAGCCUUUGUCGAACGCGGUUUCAUGCCGCCAGGGACGAAACGUUAUAAGGAUAGGCGAUUUAUGUUUGACCGUGUCUUUGGACACGAGGCGCGACAGGAGGAUGUAUUCGAGGCAACCUCCCAACCCUUGCUCAAAGGCCUUUUGGACGGAUACAAUGCAACAAUCUUUGCGUACGGUGCUACAGGAUGCGGGAAAACUCAUACUAUCAGCGGAACGGAGGCGGAUCCUGGUAUCAUCUAUCUGACUAUGUCAGACUUAUUCCAACGAAUUGAGGAUAGGAGGGACGAAUGGAACGUUGAAGUCAUGGUCACCUUUUUGGAAAUUUACAACGAAGAAAUUCGAGAUCUCCUCGCGGAGCCGGGAUCACAUAACCCACGAGGCGGAUUAUCCAUUCGAGAGGAUAAGGCUGUAAAGGUGGUGGGUCUGGUUGAGUUGAAGCCGCAAACCGCAGAGGAGGUAAAGGAAAUCGUGCUAUUGGGAAACCAGAGGCGCACACAAAGUCCAACGCACGCGAAUGAGACAAGCUCCCGGUCGCAUGCCGUCUUGCAAGUUCACGUCACUCAAUCACCACGCACAGCGGCCUUGACAGAGCAGCGAACCAUGGCCACUCUUUCCAUCAUUGAUCUUGCAGGCAGCGAGCGGGCAGCCGCAACCACCAACAUGGGCCAACGGAUGGUAGAGGGAGCAAAUAUCAACAAAUCCCUUCUCGCCCUUGGAAACUGUAUCAACGCUCUUUGCGAGAGCGGUGGUGCAAUACGCCACGUUCCUUACAGGAACAGCAAAUUGACUCGUCUGCUCAAAUUCUCCCUUGGAGGCAACUGCAAGACAGUCAUGAUUGUCUGCGUUGCACCAACGUCCAAUCAUUUCGAUGACACCCACAAUACGCUCGUCUAUGCGGAGCGAGCAACGAAGAUCAAGACCAAAGUCGUUACCAGAAAUGUUGUCAACGUUGAUCGCCAUGUUGGUCGAUAUGUCGAAGCCAUCAACAGGCUAAACUCGGAGAUUUCAGAACUCAAACAGAAGCUUGCUGGCAAGAAGUCGUCUGAAAAUGAAAUUACUUCUCGAAAGAAGGCGGAGGCGAAGGCUGAGGUCGAAAGAGCAAAGUCUGAUGUCAAAUUCAAGGCAGAACAAACCAAAGACUCGAUCGUAGACGGCGGUGCAUGUUCAGGCAAACUUUCCGUGGCAAAAGCCAAACUCGCUGCUAUUCAGACUCGUCUUCGCCAACUUGACUCCACUAGUAGCUCACCCUCAUCCCAAGCAGAGCGUGAGCUGCUAAAGGCGCUGGCUGGUCCAGAGGAAGAAGCCAUAAAGCUGGGAUCACCAUUAAAUGUCAAUUUGCAACGCUCCUCGAAUUCCGCUGCCAUGUUCGAGGCUACGAUGCGUGCCGUCUCUGAACGAAAGUCAGAGAAGCUCGAUGAAGUUUCCGCAUCAAACGUCAGGCUUGAGAUCGCAUGUAAAAGAGAAGAGAUGGAGAAAUUGAGGCUCGAAAGUGAACGGGAUGCUACGCGUGCUGCUUUGAAUGACAUGGCGGGGGUAAUGGUCAAACUCAUUGGGAUGCUUGGAAGGUGCACGGUCAUGGUUGGAGACGCAGCGAACACAUUGCAGGGCCCCUCGGACGAUGGACAGGCAUUAGGAAACAGCACCAAGGAGGUAGCAGAACUCUUGAGCAACAUCAAGAAGAAAAACGAUGAAACCUUCAAGGAACUGUUAGGCCAUUCCGCUGAGUCAUACUCGCGUAUUAGUCGUCUUUCGCUUGCUUCACACAUGGACGGUUUGCAAGAUUAUGGAGCGACCUUCAAGAAACGCGUCAGCUCGGGACCUGCAGUAUUGCAACAACUUGGGCCUAGGCCAUCAAUUUCCCAACGGUCGUCGUCAUACGGUUCCACCUCCAUUUCAGCUUCUCCUCCCCGUCGGUCACACCGAUCCCCGCGCAAGUCCCUGCGAUCAAGCCUGGCCUCGCAACCUUAUAGCAGAAAGGUGUCCGACAAGGAGAAAAAAGGUGCAAAGUCUUUGAAGAAUGUGCAAUGGCGAGAUGAAGUUGGACAAGGAGACCUCGACGAUGGUGGCACGAAAAUAAACCCGCCCGUAGCCGUAGCCAUUAUCCCUGCCAGCCCCGCUGUUGAGCCCAUUGCCAGUAGUGUCAAGAGUUCAGUUUUCUCACCACCGCCGCACAGGCCAUCCUCGUCACUUGGAGGUUCCGAAAGCGAAUGGGAGGACGAAAACGAGAAGACGGAUGACAGUGUUAACAUGAGUUUCAUGUCAGCGUCAUUCUCUUCCUCCAGCUCUCAUCGACCUGCCGGAGCUAAGCGGCCUCGGGCGAGUCGCUUGGAUCCCAGUUUCCUAAAGUCAAAGACCAAGGCGUCGACCCUUGGCAGUCUCAUGGAAGACGACGAGACCGCGAGUCCCGAAAGGCACAGUCAUCCCUUGUCAGAAAUGAGCUUGAAUAGACUUGUGUCUAACGAGGACUCGAACUCCAGUGAUGAUCGCGGUUAUGGGGACAGUUUGCACGUCCCUAAAGCUCGUGACCGUGGCUAUGGAAGUCCAGCAAGACGGGCUCCUUCCACAUGCAAAGUCAACGGAUUAUCUGCAUCUACCAGCGGAAAGAGCGGUGGCAGCCGUAGACGCUCAAACAUAGGGCCAAUGCGAAACGAGAAGGGUCGUCGACGGUCAAGUAUGAUUCCGCAGCUGUCUCCCCAAACUGGGGAGGGGAGCAAGGCUGGGGCAAGGCGAGUGUUGUUGGCGAGUCCCGGGAAACGUCAGAAGCGAUCGUCCUUGACCAAGACAUCAUCUGUGAAAGUCAAGACGAGCUCGUCAACAACGCAGAUAGCAAACUUGUCCCUCAUGGCUGUGGUGGACCCAAAUGCGAGUGGAGAUUUCAGCAGCGUAGGCAGGUCCCGACCAACCUGGCGAUGA